CUCUUGAACAAACUGUAAAUAUAACCAUCAGAAGCUUCAUAAGUGUCUAUGAAUAGCGGCUGUGCUUAUAACAGGAGUUCUUGGGGGACUAAUAAUGUAGCUUUUGGAGUUGUUGAACCUUUAUUUUUUUUUCACAUAAGCUACUUUAAUAGCGUCCAAAAGGCGGUAACAUCAAAGCGGAAGUGGAAAGUAGUCUCACUGAUCCGCCUCAGGUCGAAUCCCUCUCUGGAACUGCAAAACAGCUGUUGGUGUCUUGAGCAACAACCUUUCCAUUAGCGUUUGUUUUUAUUCCUCACUUAUCCUCUUUCAAUAAACCCCACCAUCCCUUCACCAUGUCUCUGGCCCUGAAGCAAGUCUUCAACAAAGACCGGACGUUCCGGCCCAAGCGCAAGUUCGAGCCAGGUACGCAGCGCUUCGAGCUGCACAAGAAGGCACAGGCGUCGCUGAACGCAGGUCUGGACCUGAAGCUGGCCGUGCAGCUGCCCCACGGCGAGGACCUGAGUGACUGGGUGGCCGUGCACGUGGUAGACUUCUUCAACCGCAUCAACCUGAUCUACGGCACCAUCAGCGAGUCGUGCACCGAGCAGACGUGCCCUGUCAUGUCCGGAGGGCCCAAGUACGAGUACCGCUGGCAGGAUGAGCACAAGUACAAGAAGCCCACAGCGCUUUCUGCCCCGAAGUACAUGAGUCUGCUGAUGGAUUGGAUCGAGGUACAGAUCAACAAUGAGCAAAUCUUCCCCACCAACAUCGGUACGCCCUUCCCCAAGAGCUUCAUGCAGGUGGCAAAGAAGAUCCUGUCCCGUCUGUUCCGCGUCUUCGUGCACGUCUACAUCCACCACUUCGACCGCGUCAGUCAGAUGGGGGCAGAAGCGCACGUCAACACCUGCUACAAACAUUUCUACUACUUUGUGACUGAAUUCAACCUCAUAGACCACAAGGAGUUGGAGCCACUGAAAGAGAUGACAUCACGGAUGUGUCACUGAACUGGCGUCUCGAGGCGGUCCAGCCUAAAAAGAUCGGCCGAACCGCUUAAAUCAACGACUUCAAAAACGAACCAAAGUUUCUAAAGACUCUAUUUUUAUACACUUUUAAAGUACUGUAAUAUUCUAUUUAGCGAGGAAUAUCUUAACAUCCUGAAUUGCUCUCUUUUUAAUGUGUCGGGGUUUUUUUUCUUUUGCUAUAAUUCAGUAUUAAUCCCCCCCCCCCCCCCCCCCCCAAUUUCGGUUCUGAAUAUUUCCUGUAAUUGUUUGCUGUUAUUUUUUUUUCCCUGUCUGAAGCAUACAGAUUAUAUUUGUUAAUAUUUAUGUAUGUGUUGAGACAUUAAACAUAUUCUGCUAAAUAUA